UUGACGAUCCUCAGCAAUUUAACGUACACUCGUUUCUUUUAACUACCUAUUUGUCAAUCUACGACUACAUAGUCUCCACCUAUGGAGCGGCGAUAAUAACGACACAAUAUAUAUCUUCCAGCCUGCCUAUUUUCCUAUUGUGAAAAUACCCAGCAACGAUACUUAACCAUUUACCCCCUGUCCAUCCUCCAAGAUGGCAGACAAAGCCACCACCAUAAUGCUCGUCUCCACGAGCAUCGUGGUCUUCCUAUCCGGCUUCCUGCUAGGCAUGUACUCGGUGCGAGGGUACCUAUUGAUCUCUCCGUCCCUAGCCUCCCAGCGCCAAAGCAACCUUUACGACCCCGUCGAGAGCGACGAGUCCGACAUCGAUGAAAACGACACAAUCCUCGACCAUGCGCCUAACUGGGCCAACGGCGAGGAAGCCGAUCGAAGGGACGGGCUUAAGGCCUCUAAGCCGAAGCCAAAGAAGUCUCCCAAGGACAAGGCAGAAAACAAGGCGGACAGUGCUCAGCCUCAACAAACAGUAGCCGAAGGGUCUGCAAAUGAAGAGUGCAAGCUAGUCUUAGUUGUGCGAACAGAUUUAGGCAUGACAAAAGGCAAAAUAGCAGCACAAUGCUCCCACGCAACCUUAGCAUGCUACAAGACCCUCACCCGCGCCGCCCAACGAAACCCCUCGUCAGCCGAAGCACGACUCCUACAGCGCUGGGAACGCCGGGGACAAGCCAAGAUCGCCGUGCAAGUGAAGUCAGAAGCCGAGCUGCUGGAGCUAAUGGGCAAGGCGCGCAGCCUAGGCAUAACAGCCGAGGUCAUCCAGGACGCUGGCCGCACCCAGAUCGACCCGGGGAGCCUAACAGUCCUAGGUGUUGGACCCGCUCCCAAGAGUCUUGUUGACAAGGUCACUGGUGGCCUCAAGCUGUUAUGAUAGGGUUUCUCAUAGACUUCGCCUACCGUAAUUGGAACGUGGUUGGUAUAUAAUGGGUGCAUACAUCGGUAGAUAGGUGGGCAUAUAGAUAUGGGCAUUACGAAGUACUCCGGGACGCAAAAUAUAUCCAUAGGUAAACACCUGUGGAUUGCUUAUAAAGUGCAUGUAUAGGUAGUUAUGGAGUUAUUAAAAAAGAAGUCAAGGGUAAUUUUU